CCUGUCACCAAGAUCAUUAGUCCAGUGGCAGUCCGCCUCAAACUUCCUCCCACGUACAGGAGAAUUCACCCCGCCUUCCAUGUCUCUAAAAUCAAGCCCGUGUUUUGGGCACCUAUUAAUCCGCCUGUCCCGGUUCCUCCCCCGCCACGUCUCAUAGAUGGGGAACCCACUUAUUUGGUUAACCGUAUUCUGGACUCGAGAAGUAGGGGACGCGGAUUUCAGUACCUGGUGGACUGGGAGGGUUACGGUCUGGAGGAGAGAAGUUGGGUUCCUGCUAGAGACAUUCUGGAUCACUCUCUGAUCGAUGAUUACAAUCGUCAGGUAAGACCGUCAGCGUUCGUAGGGGAGGGGGUACUGUCACGGUUCAUGAAUUCACUCUCUCUCUCUCGUCUAUCGUGUUGUUAUGUGUGUGUCUAUGGGCGUGGUCACUGAUCAGCGAUGAUCAGCAGCGCCAGCUGGUUUCAUUUGUUUGUGGCCUAUAUAAGUGCAGUAACUGGUGUUUCAUGUUGUCAGAUCAUUGUUUCUCCCUGGUGUGCUCCCGUACCUGUUUCCUGUGUCCUAGUUCCUGCCUGAGUCUUCUUGUUGUCGUCGUCGUCUUGGAUCUUCACACUUCUCUGGAUUAUUACCUUCACCUUCACGAGGAUUGCGCACUCACCGGGAUUCGGGGGAUCAUCACCGAAGCAGCACCAUCAUCGUUGCCCACUGUAACACCAAUGAGCGGAUGGUAUUCAACCAUCUGUUCCAUAUUAAUGAAACCUUACCCUUCUGACACAUUCUACACUCAAAGACCAGAACGUGAGUUAAAGAAAAAAAACAAGGACUUUCAUUUUACAACCCUCUUACAACAUAACUCUCCACCCUGGGCGCCACCAUGACAGCAACGUCCUGGCGGGGAUGAGAGUUAUAACACCUUGGAGACUAUCCAGAGAUGCGAUAUCGAACUUCAAAAGGGAAGACAAACACCCCCCCUUCUUGAUCGCACACUCCACGCUGAGGCCGCACAGACCGGACAAUUUGAGCGCAGCUACGCACAAGAGCCAGAUCAAAGAUGCUGCUGUGGAUUCUCAUCCUGUGCUUCCAGUCAACCAGAGGCCAGCCGUCAUCAGACAUUAUCACACCGGGUCCUGCCUCGGGCAUUGUAUUGAGAGAGCAACCGGGACUCCUGAUCACGAAUUGUCGGACGUACACCCAGAAAGUAUACGUUCGACUCGACCCCCGCAACGUCUACAGAGCACACUACCCCCGCGCAGUAGCCCAGUACAGCUGGGCCGGUGCCCGUUGGACAGAGGAUUCCCUCCAGCACGCCGAGGCCGAUGUCAAGCACAUGCUCAACCAACUUGAGAAGAUGACUGUUACCCAGGCGGAACUAGGUGGACACAACCGCCGCCCCAAACGUUUCCUGGGAGCGCUGCUCGGAGCCGCCGCUGCUGUGGGAACUCUGUUCAACAUUGGUAUGUCCAGUGUCAAUGCAGUAAAUAUAGCCACUGUGAGACAGCAUGUGGCUGAAAUUCAGACUGAACUUCCACAGCUAAAAGAGCAACUCACUACACAGAGUGCAUCCUUGCAAACCAUUGGAAAGACUUUGAAAGGAACGGUGGUCAUUCUCAACACCCACAGCGUGCUUUUGAACCAGACCAUGAACUCCAUGAAACAGCUGUUCACUGUGUUCCAGAAUGAUUUUGCCCAAACGCAGCUGGUCACAGCAUUAAUGACUGACAUGCUACGGGAAGUGAGUUCUUCCAUCGACAGUCUAGCCAUGGGAAGAAUUCCACCAUACCUGAUACCCCUAAGCUUGGUGCAAGAUGUGCUGGCUUCCGCCAUCACCACACCCACUGAUCCUAUGCAAAUCCACCUUGCCUACUCUCUAGGUAGUGCAAUUCCCCUUUACGUGGAUCCUGAGCAGAAGGAGAUGAGUUUCCUCCUGAACUUACCCAUCAUAGAGUCAAGCCGAAUCUACAGACUCAAAGACAUUGUUAAUGUGGGGUUCUGGAAGGAUAACACUCAUAUCAAGAUACGUACCCCUGAGGUGGUGGCGUACCAUGACAACAACACCCAGCUGUACUUAGCCCCAAACCUGCACAUGUGCACCCUAACUAAAGACAUUCACUACCUCUGCCCCAGCAAACCAUUUCUCAGAGACAAUACUGAUGGAAUCUGCGGGUUGCAACCCAUGAUCAGCGACACGCGUUGCCCUGCCGAUGCCCAGCCUCGCAGCCACGUCACCGAGACGCAAGCUGAGAUUGUAGGUGAUAGAUGGCUCGUUAACACUCCAGUACGUACCGCUACACUGACCUACGACCAGCAUGACACAGCCACCCGUGUCAAUCUGCUCGACCAGAGCAUGUGGAUUCAAGUCCCACGAGGGGCCAUCCUCCACCUCGACGAUCUGGCCUUAUACCAUCUUCCGAGUGAAGAGUACCAAUCAGAACUAGAAAUCCCAUCCUUCUUCAAGAACUACAACUUCACCCUAGGUUCGGAGUUGGAACUGUGGAUUGAAAAAGGCGGGCCUCAGCUCAUUGACAUUGCUCCCGUCGACGCAGCCCUCCAAGCCUUGUCUCGAUUGCCCAUCCUGAACACCUCACCUGUUGUCCAAGCCUGGACUGCAGCUGACACAGCACUGUGCAUCUCCAUGGUCGUCGGCCACACCCUGACCCUUGGCGUGGCCUUAGUCCUAUACAGGAAACUCAACGAGAUGCGAAUCUCUGCAGCUAAACUCAAGACAACAAGGAUUGGAGGUCUCCGAUGGAAACCCCGAAGGGAAGGUAACACACCAGAGACGGAUAAGAACCUCAUCGAGUUGAGUCCUCAGCCCUAACAAACCCCUGCUACCCGACUGUCAGGAUUCACCUGCCAUCCGACUAUGGUGGUGGGUGUUGUCCGAUAAUGACCACAGGGCAUCAUCCGACCACAAAGGGGGAAUGUAACACCAAUGAGCGGAUGGUAUUCAACCAUCUGUUCCAUAUUAAUGAAUCCUGACCCUUUUGACACAUUCUACACUCAAAGACCAGAACGUGAGUUAAAGAAAAAAAACAAGGACUUUCGUUUUACAACCCUCUUACAACAUAACUCACCACCCUGGGCGCCACCAUGACAGCAACGUCCUGGCGGGGAUGAGAGUUAUAACACCUUGGAGACUAUCCAGAGAUGCGAUAUCGAACUUCAAAAGGGAAGACAAACACCCCCCCUUCUUGAUCGCACAUUCCAGUGA